CUACUUAUCCAUACCAUGUUUUCUAUGUUUAAAAGUGUAUACUUAAUUUUGAGACACCCUGUAUAUUACAUUUUAAUUAACACUGCUUUUCAGACUUAUAUGUCAUUAGUAAAAUGGAAAAUUGUGAUAUUCAAUUAACCUUGUAGCAUAUUAUAUUGUUAAGAUGACCCUAUUUGAUACUGAGACAUCACGUGAGUUCAUUAUAAACUAGAGCAGGGUGGUCCAAACCCAGGCCCGCGGGCCAUACGUGUCCCGCCGCUUCAUUAUCUGUGGCCCGCGUCACAUUCGGAGAGUAAUCAAUACCAGUUCAAGCAGUUCGUGUUGUUUCGUAAUAAAAUUAUUUAGGAAAAUCUUUUGACAUAUUGUUACAUCACUAAUGUCACUGGAUUGAUGGUUGGCUGUAAUGGAUAGUAAUGGCUAGCUGAGACAACUAGCGAAGUUGAUUGAUGUGCUUGGCAGUCUAAAUUAUUAUCUGGCUUUCUAUCUUUGGUCGGGAAUAUAUGCUAAUAAUAUAGGCAUCAUAGAAAACUAAAAAUCGAAUGCGGAUCCUAUUAGCCCGUAAUGGCUAUGUCUGACAACUGUGUGUUUGCACAAUAAAUGUGUUUGUUUUUCAUUGCACUGUUUACCUAAUCUUUGCUCUAUUGUGGCCCGCGAACAAUGCAAAAAUAAUUUUGUGGCCCGCGGAGCCGACAGCUUUGGACCACACUGCACGAGAGUGUAUGGAUACAUCGAUAGCAUCGAUUUGGAAAAAUUAAUUCUGUAAUUCUCUAUUCACGAUUAUUCUAAGUAUUUGUUUGAUCUAUACGUACAUACCCAUGAGACAGGCUUACUUUUCUGUGAUGAUUAAUUUAAUUACUAGUGCUCUAAUUACUGUAAAAUAUCAAAUUUUUUGUUAAAUGUUUGCCUUGUUUUUUUAUCAUAGUUUCAUCAGAUAAUAAACUUUUUGAUCAUAUUUAAUACCUUAAUUUUGUUUAUUUUAAUUUUGACAAAUGUAAUUAUUCUCAAUGCUUUUUUUGUAAUUGAUUUGAAUAACAUAUAGAUUUCAUUAUCAUUUAUUUUGUAAUAUAUAGGUUUUGCAAAUCAAAGUUCUAUAUCGGGAAUGGCAAGGCUAAAAUUAACAAUAGCACUAGGGUUUAUGUCAGUUGUAGCAGUCUUAUGUAUUACUGCUUGGAAUAUUCGAGGUCAAGAUGAAAAAGAAGAGCACCUGGUAAAGAAAGAUGUGGAACCCAUGGGUAUGGUGCAAGAAAGAGCCGACAACAAACUAUAUAUGACAUUUGAUGAUUGGCUGUCUGGAACAUUCCGUUAUUCGACAGUCUAUCCGAAUUGGGUAUCAGAUUCUGAAUAUGCGUAUAGAACAUCAGAAGGUGCAAUAAUGAAGAAAAACAUAAGUAGCGAAGACGAGAGUAUAUUGUUGGACGAGACUGCAUGGAAAAGCGUAUCAAAUCCAUCAUCUUACUCAAUAUCUGCAGAUAUGGAAUAUGUAGCGAUCACUUAUGAAAAUACUGACGGAUAUGCUCAUUACAUGAAAACCUUUUCUGUGGACGUGUUUUCAACUUCUGAUUCUUCGAAGCAGACUAUUCCGAAUUUCCCUGCUGAUAAAAUACAAAAAAUCAAGUGGGAUCCCAUUGGUCACAAGAUGGCGUUUGUUCAUGAGUUCGACAUUUAUGUCAUACCUGAUUUGACAGCGUCACCAGUAAGAAUAACCAAUGACGGCAAAGAAAAUGUCAAAUUCAACGGUAUAACAGACUGGUUGCAUUAUGUUGAAAUUACAAAUGAUGACGCUUUACUCUGGUGGUCCCCAUCUGGAUCGUACCUAGCAUACGCAACACUCGAUCAAACCAAUGUAAAGAAUUUUGACUUUGCUAUAUUUGGUGGAUUGCAAUAUCCAAACAUGAUCAGUUUUCCGUAUCCAAAGCCUGGAACUCCGUUGCCUCAGACAAAAACUUUUGUCAUAGAUAUGUCAGGUCCGAUAAAUAUAUAUGAAGCAGCACCAAGUACGGAAGUAACUGAUUGGGGAGAGUACUAUUUGAAUUCGGCUAUCUGGAGAAGCGACAACAUGUUUACUCCUACCUGGAAAAAUCGGUUCGAAAAUGAGUCUGUGUCGGAGUCCUGCGAGGCUGCAUCAGGAUUUACAUGUUCUCAUGUUUCAAACAUGGAAACCAGUAGUAGCACUGGAUGGCUUGGUCAUUACAAACCUGCUGAUUUAGUAAGAAUGCCGGAUGAAGAUAAAUACAUGACCGUGUUGAGUGAUUCGACUGGUUUUCCUCAUAUUGCUGUUGUAAAUGCACAAACUGAUAAUAAAGAUUGGAGGACUAGUGGCAAUUUCGAAGUAACGGAUACAGGUUCUGGAGAUCAGGCUAUUUUUUUCUAUGACGAAACAAACGAAUGGAUUUAUUACACAAGCACAGAAAAAGCAGAAGAAUCCGGGGAAGGAUUGCCGAGAAUACGUCAUUUGUGGCGAGUCAAAUCGAAUACUGACGGCACAAGAGAAUGUAUUUCAUGUCAUUUGAACACACUAUAUGCAGAUCGUUGUAACUGGGUUCGACCAACGUUUAGUCCUGGUGGAUCGUACGUUGUCGUUAAUUGUGGCGGUACUGCUAAUGGCGCACCAAUAUCAACACUUCAUUCUAUCUCUAACACCGGUGAAAUUGACUUUGUUCGAGUUGUUCAGAAUAAUUCACAAUUGAUUGAAAAUAUGGAUGCUUACCAUUUCCGCACAAGAGAAUUUGGUGAACUCACUUUACCGGGAGUGGAUGGAACAUUUUACUACACUCUCCAUAAACCACCAAAUUUCGACGAAACCAAAAAAUAUCCGAUGUUGGUUCAAGUUUAUUCAGGCCCAGCUUAUCAAGAGGUUGUAGAAAGAUUUUCGGUUAGCUGGAAAGAUUACGUUGCCAGUACUCUGGACGUCAUCGUAAUGAGUUUCGAUGGAAGAGGAACAGGAUUUCGUGGAGACGAAAUAAUGCACCAGGUAUAUAUGAAAUUGGGACAAUAUGAGCCAGCAGAUCAAAUUGCAGCAGCUAAACUUUUGGCAGCAGAAAACGACUUUAUUGAUGAAAGUAAGACAGCAAUAUGGGGGUGGUCAUACGGCGGGUAUGCUACUACGCGCACAAUAGAAGAAGAUUCAGAAGGUGUUUUCAAGUGUGGUUAUGCAGUUGCUCCAGUUACGGAUUGGGAAUUCUAUCAUACCAUAUAUACCGAACGUUAUAUGAAAAACAAAAUUGAAAAUGAGAUAGGAUACAAUAGGUCAACGACGAUGCAGAAGUUUGAGAAUUUCAAGAACCACCAGUACUAUAUCUUCCACGGAACAGCAGAUGAAAACGUUCAUUUUCAGAACGCAGCACGACUCACUAUGGCGUUGAUUGAAAACGACGUGGAUUUUGGAGCUUUUUACGCUGCAGAUGACAACCACAGCAUGGCAAAUGUAAAGAAUAGUUACAGAAAUAUAUAUAAAAUGAUCACGAAGCAAAUGUGCCGGUGUUUUAAUCUUGAUAAACCUGACACAGGAGUAAUCUGUGGGCCGACAUCAGAGGCGCGAAAAGAUGAGAAAAGAAGAUUAAGGCGCAGAAAAAGGAGAUAGAUUAAUGGGUUGCCUAUCUAAUGUAGAUAUUGGUGUGAAGAGCAAAUGUUUCAUAAUUCUUAUAUGUUCCUGAAAGUAACUUUAAUUCAUAUCUGUCAUCGAAUUGUAAACAUAUAUAUAUUACAUUUUAGUUAUCACUGAUUUUCACACUUAUAUCUCGUUAGUAACAUGGGAAAAUUUGAUCUUCACUUGCCCUGAUAGCAUAUUAUAUUGAUAACAUGUCCCUACUUAAUAUUCAGACAUCACGCGGGAUUAUUAUACAAUAAACUGCAUACAUCAUCGAUUUAGAAAAACUAAUUUUGUAAAAUCUCUAUUUACGAUCAAUCCAAGUAUUUGUUUGAUUUAUACAUACAUACCCGUGCAACAGUCUGAAUUUUCUGAAAUGGUUAAUUUAAUUACUAGUGUUCUAA